UAAGGAAAGACAAGAAAUUGUCAUAACAAGGGCACUGUAAAUCCCGCCUAUGGACGCGCUUUAUGAGGCGCGCUCAUGAAAGCCUUAAGCCCUGCGCGUGCGCUACAUUGCUUGUUGUUUCAGAGCAGUGAUCAUGGCUUCCUGUAGUAAUGGGGAGCCUUACCCUUUUCACGGGCUUCUUCCAAAGAAGGAGACAGGAGCGACGUCCUUCCUUGCCCGGUACCCAGAAUAUGAUGGACGCGGGAUUCUUAUUGGUAUCCUUGACACUGGAGUGGAUCCCGGAGCUCCAGGCAUGCAGAUAACAAGCGAUGGAAAGCCGAAAAUUGUUGACAUCAUUGACACAACAGGCAGUGGUGAUGUUCUCACAUCAGCUGUGGUGGAAACAAAAGAUGGGGCAGUCUUGGGUCUUUCAGGAAGAACUCUAAAGAUCCCUAUGGAUUGGACAAAUCCCUCAGGAAAGUAUCACAUUGGUAUAAAAAAUGGAUACGAUUUUUAUCCUAAAGCCCUUAAGGAAAGAAUUCAGAAAGAACGGAAGGAGAAACUCUGGGACCCUGCUCACAGAGCUGCAGUGGCUGAUGCCUGUAGAAAGCUAGAGGAGUUUGACAGCACUCACACAACUUUAUCACAGGCAGAUAAACUUCUCAAAGAAGAGUAUCAGACUCAAGUAGAUCUACUAGCUGCUUUAGAGAAAAAGUACAGUGACCCUGGUCCAGUUUAUGAUUGCCUGGUAUGGCAUGAUGGUGAGACAUGGAGAGCUUGCAUAGAUACAACUGAGAGUGGUGAACUUGCCAACUGUAAUGUGUUGAGGAGCUUUAAGGAGGCACGUGAAUUUGCAUCAUUGGGCACAUCAGAGAUGCUGAAUUACUCCAUUAACAUUUAUGAUGAUGGCAACUUACUAUGCAUCGUGACUAGUGGAGGAGCUCAUGGAACACAUGUAGCCAGCAUCGCUGCAGGGUUCUUUCCAGAAGAGCCUGAAAGAAAUGGAGUGGCUCCAGGUGCCCAGAUUCUUGCUCUCAAAAUUGGUGAUACAAGGCUAAACACAAUGGAAACUGGUACUGGACUUAUUAGAGCUAUGAUUGAAGCUGUAAAAUACAACUGUGAUCUAGUAAACUACAGCUAUGGAGAAGUGACACACUGUCCAAAUUCAGGGAGAAUAUGUGAAGUGAUAAAUGAAGCUGUGUGGAAGCACAAUAUAAUCUUUGUUUCCAGUGCGGGGAAUAAUGGGCCAUGCCUUUCUACUGUUGGAUGCCCUGGUGGAACUACCUCUGGUGUAAUUGGUGUUGGGGCAUAUGUCUCACCUGACAUGAUGGUUGCCGAGUACUCAUUAAGAGAAAAACUACCAGCAAACCAAUACACCUGGUCUUCUAGAGGUCCAAGUACGGAUGGCUCACUUGGAGUGAGUAUUAGUGCACCUGGUGGAGCAAUAGCCUCUGUUCCUAAUUGGACUCUUCGAGGAACACAGCUAAUGAAUGGGACUUCUAUGUCUUCUCCAAAUGCUUGUGGUGGGAUUGCGUUAGUGUUAUCAGGUUUGAAAGCCAAUGAAAUCCGUUAUACUGUUCAUUCAGUUCGGAGAGCCUUGGAAAAUACAGCAGUAAAAGCUGACAACAUUGAAGUGUUUGCACAAGGACAUGGUGUAAUUCAGGUUGAUAAAGCUUAUGACUACCUCAUUCAGAAUGCAUCAUUGCAAACCAAUAAUCUGGGCUUUACUAUUACUGUUGGAAACAACCAUGGAAUCUACCUCAGAGAACCUGUUCAAUUAGCUGCAUCCUCAGACUUUGGAGUAGGGAUUGAGCCAUUUUUUCCAGAAAAUUCAGAUAACAGUGAAAGGAUACAACUUCAGCUGCAUUUAGCUUUAACGUGCAGUGCAUCUUGGGUUCAGUGCCCUAGUCACUUGGAACUAAUGAAUCAGUGCCGGCACAUUAAUGUACGUGUAGACCCUCAUGGACUAAGGGAAGGAGUGCAUUAUGCAGAGGUUUGUGCUUAUGAUAUCACAGCACAUAAUGCGGGUCCAUUGUUCAGAAUUCCAAUAACUGUUGUUGUUCCCGUGAGGUUAAAUGAAGCAGAUUUUGAGUUACAGUAUAAUCAAGUGCAUUUUAAGCCUGGUCAUAUUCGGAGACACUUUAUUGAAGUUCCUCAGGGAGCCACGUGGGCAGAGGUUACAGUGUUGGCACGCUCCUCUGAGGCAUCUUCGAAGUUUGUCCUUCAUGCUGUCCAACUCAUAAGACAAAAAGCAUAUAGAUCUCAUGAGUUUUACAAAUUUUCUUCACUUCAAGAGAAAGGAUCGCUGACUGAGGCAUUCCCAGUCUUGGCAGGAAGUACUCUUGAAUUCUGUAUUGCUCGUUGGUGGGCAAGCCUCAGUGAUGUUGAUGUUGAUUACAGAAUAAGCUUCCAUGGGGUAAUCUGCAGUCCUACAUCUCUACAAAUUCAUGCUUCUGAAGGUGUCACCCGCUUUGAUAUACGUUCCACUUUAAGGUUUGAAGAUGUCAGUCCCAGCAUAAACUUAAAGACCUGGAUUCAGACUCUGAGGCCAUUAUCAGCUAAACCAAGGCCUUUAGGAUCCAGAGAUGUAUUGCCAAAUAAUCGACAGUUAUAUGAAAUGGUUUUGACUUACAGCUUUCAUCAACCUAAAAGUGGAGAAGUGACACCAAGUUGCCCACUGCUUUGUGAACUGCUGUAUGAUUCCGAAUUUGAUAGCCAGCUGUGGAUGUUGUUUGAUCAAAAUAAAAGACUUAUGGGAUCAGGAGAUGCAUAUCCUCAUCAGUAUUCUCUGAAACUGGAAAAAGGAGACUACACUGUCCGACUUCAAGUACGUCAUGACCAGAUGACUGAGCUGGAACGUCUUAAGGAUCUGCCUUUUAUCAUUUCUCACAGACUUUCCAAUGGCCUGAGCUUAGAUAUUUAUGAAACUCACAGCAAUGCACUUCUGGGAAAGAAAAAAGCCAACAGUUUAACUUUACCACCAAAUUGCACUCAGCCUUUCUUUGUGACUUCUCUAGCUGAUGACAAGAUACCUAAAGGUGCAGGACCGGGAUGUUACCUUUCAGGCACAUUGAUAUUGUCCAAGACAGAACUUGGGAAAAAAGCUGGCCAGGCUGCAGCAAAACGUCAAGGAAAGUUUAAAAAGGAUAUAAUUUCUGUUCACUAUCAUCUAAUACCACCACCAGCCAAGCUGAAAAAUGGCAAUAAGGAAAAGGAGAAGGAACCUGAAAAAGAAAAGGAUGUGAAGGAAGAAUUUGCUGAAGCCAUGAGAGACUUGAAGAUACAGUGGAUGACAAAGUUAGAUUCUAGUUAUUUAUUUGAUGAAUUGAAGGAUACUUUUCCCAACCAUCUACCACUGUAUACCACAAGGCUACAUCAGCUAGAUACGGAAAAGGAGAGAAUGAAGAGACUUGAUGAGAUUGUUGCUGCAGCUGAUACUGUGAUACAGCAUAUUGACCAGACCAGCCUAGCAGUGUAUCUCGCUAUGAAGACUGACCCCAGACCUGACGCUGCUACUGUUAAAGUUGAAAUGGACAAGCAGAAGUCUUCCCUGAUUGAUGCCUUAUGUCGGAAAGGUUGUGCCUUAGCUGAUAAACUUCUCCAGCUCCAGCUUCAGGAAGGAGCGGUCUCAAGUACAGAAACAGUGCCAGAAGAUAACCCAGAGAGCUGCUUCAACAUCUUGACAGAUGUCUUUUGGGAGAUACAGAAGUGGGCUGAAUUAAGUGAUAACAAAGUAUUACUGUUUGCAUAUAAACAUGCUUUGGUGAAUAAAAUGUAUGGAAGAGCUCUCAAGUUUGCAACAAAACUUGUAGAAGACAAACCUGUUAAAGAAAACUGGAAAAACUGCCUGCAGCUAUUGAAGUUGCUUGGAUGGUCCCACUGUGCAUCAUUUACUGAAAACUGGCUUCCUGUUAUGUAUCCCCCAGAUUAUACUGUUUUCUAAAUUCCAUCUCCUCCAGAUCAAAACCGUCAAGCCAGUUUAAGGACAGCUGAAAAUGUCUUGCAUUGUUUACUGAAGGGGACAUUUUUUGUAAAGCAUGUUUUUAUUCAUGGAUGAAUGCUUUUAAUAAAUUAUACAUAGUAAUUCACCACCAAAUCGACUUUCAUGCCAUUAUUCAAAAUCUGCAGACCAUGACUGUUCAUUGUGUCAUUUUCUGACAAAAAGUAUUAUUCAAUCCAUUUUGCCAGUACAUGCUGCAGAUUACACGCAACAUAUAAGAAGGCCUUAAAAUAUCAUUGUUUGAAGUCACAAAAAUACUUUAAUUUAUACAGAAGUAUGCAGUCAGGGGUCAUUCUUUUAUCUUUUCUGUUGUUAUUUAAAUUUCUGUUGAUAGUAAAACUGCAUCUGUAUAAUAAUAGGCAUCCCAUCACAGAAGAACCAUAUGAAUGUCCUAGGUCUUUAUUAGAUCUUUGUAUGUCCUAGAUCUUUGCUCAUUCUUUGUAUGAAAAACUCUUCAGAUUUUAGUAAUUGAUAUUUAUGGGAUAAAUGAAUCUCAACAUGGACUGAAACACUAAAAGUGCCAGUCUUUUAAAUACUCUGGAUCAGGUGUGUACAUUUUUUUAUAUAGUUUACAGGUGCGUAUGUUACAGAAAUUUGCAGUAAUGUAAAAGGCUUGAGAAAAUAGUUAUAUACGAAACCACUCCUCAAGGUAAAAAUGUUAACUGUAUGACUUUGCUGUGCAGUUUGUGCCAUGUAUCUUGUAUAAAACAGUUGAACGAUUCAGGAGGGGGUAGUAUUAAAAUACUGUAUGUAUUGUGUAAAACAGAUUGGUGCUUAUUGCACAGCAAUUUUAUUAUGUUCCUAGACGUGAAUAAAAAAAUGAUUUCA